CGGAUAUCCCCACAGUCCCUCCACGGCUUUGUUGUGCUGCUUUGAAGCUGGACCUGCCAUGAAGUUCGUGUCCGUGCUCGGCGGCGCCGAGCCCGCCUCCUUCUCUGAGGCGGUGCUCAAUGGCUGGGCGCCCGACGGCGGCAUGUACUGGCCGGCGGCUGUCGAACCGGUCUCGCCGAGGACACUCUCUGCGUGGGAAUCGCUGUCCUACCCGCGGCUGUGUGAGGAGGUGCUCAAGCGCUUCAUCGCUGCCGACGACCCCGACGUCACUCCGCUCGACCUGGCCGGCAUUGUCUCGGCCGCGUUUUCCUCGUUUGGCGACGCGGAGGUGGUCUCGCUCCGGCCGCUCUCGGACGAGCUGCACGUGGCCGAACUGUGGCACGGCCCGACGCUCGCCUUCAAGGACCUCGGCAUGUCCGUCCUCGGGCGCACGCUCAGCCACCUGCUGCGGCGGCGGCGCCAGCGGCUCACGCUGCUGGUGGGCACCUCCGGCGACACCGGCUCGUCGGCGAUGGAGGCGGUGCGCGGCCUCGAGGGGAUCGAGAUCCUCGUGCUCUACCCGCUGCAGGGGUGCUCGUCCAUCUCGCCCGUGCAGGAGCUGCAGAUGACGUCUGUCGCCCGGGCAGCGAGCAACGUGCACCUGAUCGGCGUGGAGGGGAGCAGCGACGACCUCGACGUGCCGCUCGAGCGCGCCUUUCGCGACGCCGCGUUCAAGCGGGCCCACAGGCUCGGCUCGGUCAACUCGGUCAACGUCGUGCGGCUUCUCGUGCAGGUGGUGCACUACUUCUACGCCUACCUCCGCCUGCCGGAGGGCGACCUCCGCC